AUGUCCAAUUAUUGCAAUCAUUAUAAGGAUGUUGCAAUAUUCUGGAAUAAUAUUGAGGAUGAUCUUGCUAAUAUAGCAAUCAAAAGUGCAACCUAUUUCGUGAUGCAAAAUACUGCAACGAUUCUUCAAACUGCUAUUAGUAGGUCUGAUGCCACAUAUUAUACGGUGAUACUGAUAUGUCAGAAUUUAUCAUUAGAAUUAUUAGAAAAUAUAGAUAAUCUAUUUUCAUUUUAUGAAACUCCUUCAGUAUAUAAGCAACUUGAAACGAGUCUUCUCAUAUCCUAUUCACAAAAUAGGAAACAUGAUCAUAAGCCUGAAGAUGAUUAUGAUACUAAAGAAAAAAUGACACAGAUCAAACUAUUAUUAGAGGGAAAAAUAUUUCUUAGAUUAUUAAUAAUUUUAAUAUUUGAAAAAAAUUAA